AUGGGGAAGACGAAAAUUAUUGGAAGUUUGUUACUGUGCACUACAUUUGUCUUGGUAUUAAUUACCAGUUAUGGUAAUAUAAAACUGCUGAUACAGCGUGGAAAUGACAAGGGAAAAGGAGAGACUCACACAAGUGCUGAAAAUUGGCAGAACAUGUUCUUAAGUAAGCACAUGUAUGACAUGUAUGCUUACAUGCUUAAUGUGUGGAAAAGACAGGAAGAGAAGAUAAAGGAGAAAAAAGGACUUUGCUUUUUUUUCCUCCCACUUGGAUGUGACAAAAAUGAAAUAUCGAAAGAAUCAAAGGAAAAGAAAUCGCAAUAUUCUGCUUUGAUAGAGAAAAUGAAUAUGAACAAAGUACGUAAAUUAUCAGAUGAUGAAGAAAAUAUAGAAUUACGUCCUUAUGUUAAAAGAGUAGAUGAUAAUGAGACAAUUGUUAAUCUGUUUGAUUAUUUUGUUAAGGGUAAAAAAAGAAUAAAUGGGAAAGAUGAAAUUUUUGUAAAUCCAGAAAAUGUAUUACACAGAAUAGUAAUUAUAUGUUUCAAGCCAACAUUGAACUUUUCUCAUAUUAUUACUCAACCUAGUGAUGCAUUAUUAAAAAUUAUUAAAGUAGGAGAAGGAGAAAUUUUCACACAGAAUGAAUUUCCAGUUUUAUUUUACUCAGAUAAAACAAACUGGGGAUUAAAAAAUGUCUUAUCUACUGGAAUUAUUGAAUUUUUCAUUCCUCCCUUCACACGAAUUGUAUCUGAUGUUGUACUUCGAUGUGCAAACACUGAAAUUAAUGAAACUUAUACAUUUGAAGAUAGUAUUCAGGUUCGAAUUCGAAUACCUCGCAGUGACAGCAAAAUUAUAGGUCUCAGUACAGAUCCGAAAGAUAGAGAAUAUUUUGAAAGAAUUGUAGAAGAAAAUGUAGAUGAGUAUGAAUUUGGUAGUUAUAAAGAAGGGGUCGUGGGUCUCAAAUUGGAAGAAGAUACAGAACUAGAUCCUGAAAGUUGUUUCAAAAUGGUAUUCGAAGAUGAUACUAAAAUUUUGCUUGAAAUUGAAUACCCUUUUUGUAGAUGUAUAAAUUUAGAUAGACCUAAUUUUAAACUACGAUUAUUUUACAUUAAUGAUGAACAUUUUGAAGAAGAAAUUCAAUUUUCUUGCUCCUUUACCUAUAAGGGAAAGAAAAAGAAAGCUAUUUUUGGUGAAUCAGAUAGAGAUGCAUUAUCUGAUGUACAUCUGUUAGAAGAGGAUAAAAAUGAAUUUCAAUAUUUCAAUGGAGUUCCUUACAAAAUGUGUCAUUUUGAAUAUUUAGAUAUAGAUACAGAUACUCUACAAGUAUGUGAAAGAACAAUUGAUGAAUUUUCCCUUUUUAUUUAUAACUGUGAAUCUGUGAAAAAUGAACAAAUUCAAACAGAAGAACCCAUUACAACUAUCAAAUAUUUGAAUGGAACCAAACCGUUAAAUAAAUUCACAGACAUUGCUUUAUUCACAAAAGAUAUACAUAUUGAACAUUUAAAAUGGAAAUUUCCAAAUUAUAAAUAUUUUAUGACCUCUUUUAUCAAUCAUGGCCCGCAUCCCUUAAUCAUUGAAUGCUUUAUCCCAAAUCCAAAAGGGAAAACUUUUCAAAAAGUAAACAUUUUACUCCACAUAAGAACAAAUUUAUUAAAUAAAUCAGUCUCAUUUUGUGAUUUUAAAAAUUCAAAGUUAUAUGACUAUCUUAAUACAUACAUUCAUGGUGAUGUAUGUGAAAUAGAAGCUACAUCCAAUACCCGUUUUGGAUUUCGAUGUCCAGAUGGAACUGUCAAAAAGCCAAGUAAAUGUUUCUCCCAAAUGUAUUAUCUUGGAGAUUUACACUAUUUAAAAGAUAUAUUUGCAAAAAAUAUAGUUAUCUACUCUAACAGAGAUGAAAGCUUUGCAUUAGCUGCAUUUACAAGUAGUUUAUCUAAAUCAUACACAGUAGAAUGUUUUUGCGUUCAGAAAAAAAAUAUAGAUAAAAUUGAGAAAAGAGUAAUUGUGCAUUAUGUGAAUGAAGAUCAGUUAUAUGAUUAUAAUUCUCUCCCUAAAGUGAACCACGAAUCUGUAAUUGCACACCCAACAAAAACACAUCUUUGUGAUUUUAUGCAUAAUAAUGCAGUGUUAAAACCAACAAGUAAGAAAUCAGUUAAUUAUAUCUGUAAUGUUUUUCCAAAACCAAUGGAAUAUAUUGCCAUGAAUUGUCCAACAAAUCGUGUAGAUGAAGAAAAUGAAAAAAUUCUCUCUGAUCUAUUGUAUAAAUAUGGUACCCCAGGCACGAAAGAAAAGAUAAGAAACUUUGGAAAGAAGAGAAAUAAUUAUUCUAGAUCUUUUCAUUUACCAAAAGAUGCACCUACAUAUGCUAUAAAUAGAUAUAUGCAAACUGUUAAGGAUAUUAAUGAAAUGAUUCCAGGUAUUCUUAUCAAAGACACGGUUAGUAUCAAAAUAGGUAGAAUUCGAAAAACAGAUGCAGGUGUAGAGGAUCCAUCUUUGGAUCCAGAUGAAAAGGAUCCAAUUAAUGAAAUGUAUGCAAAACAUAUUGGACUUCCAAAUAAUAUACACUAUGGAUUAUUCAUAUUUCAAUUACCUCCUUUUAUCAAAAGAAAUUCUAUUAUCGAAUUUGCAUGCAUUAAUGAUAAAACUAAGAAGCAAGGUAAUAAGGGGAAUAAUGGAAUCAUGUCUGUGCAUCUGAGAAGUGAAGGGAGUGAAGUCCACGGAUGUCAUUUUUACAAACAUAAAGCAGAAAAUACUAUUUUAAAAAAAAGAAUAAAAGUAGGUUCUGGGGUAGAUUGUGUUGUCCAAAGUAAUGGAGAAAUUGAAUACAUUGGAGUUGCAUGCCCAAUUCAAAGUGGUUUAUAUUUAACUCCACCUGGAUGUUUUCUCAAAUCAUAUGACAGUUUAGAUGCACCUAUAGAAGUGACUGACCAUGACAAGGAUUUUAAAAAUUUUACAAAUAAUAAAGGUGUGUCUUAUUUGAAAAUACCUCAAAGUUUUGUAGGCUACUUGAACAUUUUCUGUUAUUGUAAUGAGGAACCACCACUGCCAUCUACAGAAGUUACAGAAAAAAAUAUUAAAAAAGAAAAUAAAAUAAACAUAGAAUUGAAUAUAUCUAAUAGGGGAACACCAAAGGUUCUUAAAAUAGACCAUUUGUAUGAACCCGACUUUCUCGUAGGAAAUGAAUUCUUAAACAGAAAGCCUGCACCCAUUUUGAGAAAAAAACAUAUAUGUGAUUUUACCAGACAAGAAAGUACUCUUUCUCCUGAAGAAGAAGCCGUGUCUAUUAAUUCUUGUUUUAUCGAAUUGGAAGAAAAUUUAAGUCUAAUAGAGGUGCGAUGUCCACGAAAUGUGAACCCGAGUAGCUCAACACAUCUUAGCAGUCUUCAAAAUAUGCAUCAUUUUAGAAGUGUUAAUGGAGUGAUGAAUAGCUCAUUCUGGUAUGGAAAAUAUCGAAGUGGUGAAGAAGUAGAAGGAGAAAGAAGAAGAAAAAAAAAUGGAGAAAAACAGUUAACUGAAGAAGAGUUGAAAAAAUAUGAAAAGAUAAAGUAUGUCCCAGAGGAAUUCGAUGAUGUGAUGCAUUUGAAUAGUAAAAAAAAACUGGAAGAUAUUCUUCCAGGGGUUAUUAUAUUUGAUAGAAACAGAAAAUUUGGAGAAAAAGGAAAUUUCACAUUUAUCACUCCCUUGAUAGUGCAAAAUAAUAUAAUGAUAAAACUUUUAUGUGAUAACUCAGAAACUGUUAUUGAUAAGAAGAAAGGGAAGAAAGGAAUUAUUGUGGUUAAAAUUCCCAAACAUACAACAGAGAAAAAGUUCUCUGGAUGUGAUUUUUCUGGAAAUGCAAAUAAAACAUUUUACUAUUCAGAAGUACAAAACCUGGAUAGUAGUAAUAAAAUGUGUGAAAUUAAUUUGAAGGAAAAUAUGAUCAUAAGUUUGAAUUGUCCAAAUGGAAAAAUCAACCCGAAUAAUUGUUUCCAUAAUGUAUAUAUAAAAAGCACAAUGGAUCAAGAGAAUGUAGAAAACAUUGAAAACAUAUUUAAUCAUGUGAAAGUUAUAAACACAAACUAUAUGUUAAAAAAUUCUUCAGCCUUUUUAAUAAUAUCUGAAAUGAAUAAUAAUAAUAAAAAUUUAAAUUUCUAUUGCACUUGUGAAGAUUACAAAAGUAAAAAUGUAGGGACGAUUUAUUUGAAACAUCACAUAAAAUCAUCUUCUAUCACUCAGGAAAGCUUUUCUGAUUUAAAUAAAAAAACCCUUAUACUUGAUGUUCCUCCAUAUUAUUCUAAAGACACAUAUGUAUGUGAUUUCACACAAAACCAUUAUAAUAUUCUUCAACGGAGUAGUUUAAAUAUGGAUGAAAUUUUGAAAAAGUACUUGGACGAUAUUCUUCACUAUGAACAUGAUGAAUUUACACACUUCAGUUUGAAUUUGAAGUUAAGAAAAGAAAUUUUGAAAAAACAAUAUAUUGAAUAUGUAAAGAAACAGAUGAAGCAUUAUAGGGAAAACCCUACUAAUAUAUCUGAUUAUCCAGAUCAUACCAUUGUCUAUAAAUGCAACAUUGAUUUAAGUGCCUUCGAUAAAUUUGCAAUUAAAUGUCCAUGGAAAGAGUCUACCACCACUAACAAAGGAUCACUCCAAGGAGUGCAAGAAAGAAUAGACCAUACUAGUGCACCUCGUUUAAAAUAUACAUCAAGUUUAGGAAAUAAUCUUACCUCAAUGAUAAAAGGUUUAAACAAUCUUUUAUUUGGAACCUUAAUUGUUAACAAAACGAAUGAACGUAAUGUUUCUUUUUUUGAGAGAGGAGGAGAACUAGGACUAAUAAUAUCACCAUAUGCAGAUUCUUCAAAGAAUCUAAGUUUCUCUUGUGAGAAUUUGGGAGAAAAUGGAACUAAAAAUAUCAUCAUUGGUUUUGCAUCUAUUUUUAUAAAAAAAAAUGACAAUAAAAUCUUGGGUUGUGACUUCUUAGACCCUUCAGAUGUAAAUAAUAAUCGUUUACCUACAGGUACUAUGACAACUCAUGAAGGGUCACAUAAUGGUAGUGUUUACAUUCCUUACAGAAAUAAUUCAUUCGAAUUUGAAAUGGAAUUAGUGGAAGGGAAAAAUAUAUAUUGUAACAUUGAAGCUAUAGAGAAUGAUGUUGUUGGAUUUAGCUGUCCACACAAUUUCCUUACAUCACCAGAGGACUGUUUCGAAUCGGUGCAAAUUGAAGGAUUAGACAAAGAAUUAGAAACACAUAAACUUGAAAAGUUAUUAAAAGGGGUUCAAAUUUUGAAGAAUAAAAUAUAUGAAUAUAACUAUACCCCAUCAUAUAUUAUCCUUCCUAAGAAAAUUAAAAAAUCGUUGAAAAUCUUCUGUACAUGCAAUUCUAUAAAAUCGAUUAAAACAGGUAUAAUCCAAAUUAACGUAAUUGGGGAUGACUUAAAUAACUGGUUCAAAAAGGAAAUAACUCACAACAUUUAUGCUUUUGAAAAGCCUUAUUAUUUUUAUGAUUUCUCGUCUGGGCCUUUAAACAUAAGCUCCGAAAAUGUGCUUGACAUCUCCACUUUAGCUAUUCCUAGGGAUGCUGUAAGCAAUGGGUUCAGGGGAUCUAAUCAGCAUUUGCAGCAUCAUUUGGUGGAAAAAAGUUCGAAUAAAUCAGAAGAUGGAAAAGCAGAAUCCGAUUUGAAUGGAGGAGGCACCACCCAUGCACACGUCUCACUUUCUGCUCCUGCUUCUGCAAAGAAGGGAACAGACCAACAGACAGUAUUUCUCCAUGAGGAGGAUGAAGAAGAUGAAGAAGAUGGAGAAGACGGAGAAGACGAAGAAGACGGAGAAGACGGAGAAGACGGAGUGGAAGAAGAGAACAUCCUGAACCCAAUGAGAACAAAACAAGUGCAUGAAAUAACUGUAGCUGCCUCCGAAUUUAGUGUAGUAAAAAUUGUGUGCCCUUUGAGAAACUCACAGCACUUCAGACAAUCCAAAAUAAGUCCAGAAAAUUUUUUCGAAUAUGUAUAUGUUAUGGAAAAGGAUGAAAAAAAGAAAAACGUACGUAGUCGUGAAGAAAAAGAAAGAUUGAUAACUCAGCUCGUGCAAGGAAGUAGAAAAGAUGCUAAUGUUGAAAAAAGUGAUGGAAGGAGAGAUAGUUAUGAUAAAAUGAAACAAGGAGAAAGGAAAGAGAAUGAAGAAAAAAAAAUAGAAUAUGAUGAACUGGGAAAUAAAAUAAUUAUUUCUAUGAAAACAGAAAGACCUAAAGCAACUAUUGAAGAAGAUGGAAUGAGAAUUCAUGAUCAGAAACAAUUAUUAAAUGAUAAAAGAGAUAUUUUAAUUAUAAAAAAUAUUAAUGAUGUUAUAUCUUUUGUUAAUUGGGAAAGAGAAAUUAGUGAAAAUUCAUAUAUUGGAGCGAUACACUUUUCUCCUCUACUUUUGAAAGAAGCUAACUUUUUUAUUUCAUGUGACAAUUCUUUAACAUUAAAUGAGAAUAGAAGAGGGAAAACAGGAAUUGUAAAAAUAAUUGUUAAACCUAAUUAUGCUAAAAUCCUUGGUUGUGAUUUUGUUGGAGAUUAUUCUUCACAUUUCUCCAUUAGUAAAAAAUGGAAAGAGGUUCCAAAAAGUUAUGUAUGUGAAGUUCAAGUUGAAGACGAUUCAAUUAUUGGUCUUGCAUGUCCUGAAAACACAAAAUUACAUCCAUCAGAUUGUUUCGAAAGUGUUAUUAAAGAUAAUGAAGUUCACAAAAGGGAUUCUAUAAUUGAAUCCAUCAAUUUGUUCUUAUACAAACAUACUAAUAAACCUAUAUUAACAUUCAUACAAAUUAAGAGAGUAUUUGCUACCCACUUUAUUUGUAAAUGUUAUGACACAGGAAACGGAGACUACAAAGAAGUUACUAUCAAAAUUAAUUACGAACCCUAUGUUCUGGGAACUCCCAAAAAGACUUUGAGCAGUGCAGUUAUUCAAUAUAGUGACAUAGACCUCCGAAAGUCUACACCUCAAAGGUCAUAA